AUGGCUACCAAGGCGCUAGAGGCUCGUUUUGAGCACCUCUCUGUCAAAGAUGAUGCUGAUCCUGGGAAGAAUGGCAGAACAUACCCAAAGCACAAGGGCUCUUUGUCAACAGCGGUGUCCCUCUCAGGCCUCGGAGCCGCUGGUCAGUUUAACACUGGCUCAAGUCGGUCAACCUUGUUGAAGCUUGCCUUGCAAAACACAAAUGAGAACAAAGUGAAUGCGAUGCAUGCCGGCUCGUCCCCUCUCAAGGGAGCUCAGAGCACAUUGCCGCACCGUGACACAGAUGAGAAUGGAGAACCGCGACACACAACACCAUUAUACGAGCAGCCGGGCCCCAAGAAAUUACAUCUGGGAAUGUUUGAGAUCGGCAAGCCCUUGGGAAAGGGAAAAUUUGGUAGGGUUUACCUGGCCAAAGAGCGAUCGUCCGGCUUCGUUUGUGCCCUUAAAGUCCUGCACAAAUCCGAGCUGCAGCAGGGCGGAGUGCAGAAGCAAGUUAGACGCGAGAUUGAGAUACAGAGCAACCUACGUCAUCCCAAUGUUCUCAGACUUUACGGCCACUUCCAUGAUAGCAAGCGGAUAUUUUUGAUCCUGGAGUUCGCCGGCCGAGGAGAGUUAUACAAGCACCUCCGAAAGGAGCAUCGCUUUCCCGAGUGGAAGGCAGCUCAAUAUAUUGCCCAGAUGGCUGCCGCAUUGAAGUACUUGCAUAAGAAGCACGUCAUGCAUCGCGACAUCAAACCGGAGAACAUACUUGUGGGAAUCCACGGGGAAAUCAAGAUCAGUGACUUUGGGUGGAGUGUCCAUGCGCCUAAUAACAGAAGGCAGACGAUGUGUGGGACACUGGACUAUCUUCCUCCCGAAAUGCUCAAGCCCAACUCACAAGACAAUUACUACAGCGAAAAGGUUGACUUAUGGAGCUUGGGCGUAUUGACUUACGAAUUCUUGGUUGGGGAAGCGCCCUUUGAAGACACUCCCGUCAUGACGCAAAGACGAAUUGCGAGGGCAGACAUGACGGUGCCUUCAUUUGUCAGUCCUGAGGCAAAAGAUCUUAUCAAGAGAUUGCUCGUUCUAGACCCAGACAAGCGUAUUUCCCUUGAUGAGAUCCAGCGACAUCCCUGGAUCCUUAAACAUUGCUUGAAGGAUGACCGGGUCACGAAACGGAGUUCUGGUUCUUCAAAGGAAGUUAAAGCAUGA